UAAGUCCUCGAGCCCGCGAAUCGAACAGCAGAGUCAGUUGGUAGACAAUAUGUCAGUACGACUUCCACUACUAUUUUGUGUUUUGUGUGUGUUGUGCAUUUUUCCUGCACUAAUUAAUGCCAAUGAGGGUGAGGCUGAGGCUGAGAAAUUGAAGCAGGUGAAGGAGGAACUACAGGAAUACUACCAAAACGAUCCAUGUCAGCUCGAACAUCAUGGAUGGGAAGCAUGUCGUAAAGCAAUGAACCGGUUCAACGAUAUACCUGAGAAAAAACGCGGCCAUUGCAACCAUUUGGUCGGCUUUACCUGCUGCAAAAAAGAUGGGAACAAGUUCUGCCAGUUUCGUAUUGCUGUUGGCUGGGAAGAAGAAAAGAGGCUUUUGACCUGGUGCUUAGAGGGAGCAGGAAUAUCUCGAGAGAAGAUGGAGGAGAAGGCGGAGAAGGGAGGAGGAAAAAGGAGUUGGAGUUCUAAGAGGAAUUGGAAAGCAUCAUGGAAAAUGAUUACUAGCACGAAAAAAGGACACACGAAAAAAGGACACACGAAAAAAGGACACACGAAAAAUGUCCCUCGGCAUGAGGACUGUUAACUCAUCAGCUGAUAUAUUCCUAUAACCUAGUAUGGAGACCAAGAUGGAGAUCCCAGACACGAGGAUUCGACAGACGAGAGCCCCAAAAACAGGGGUCCCAAAGACGGGAGGCACAAUGGAUAAAGACCUAAACAAGAAGCCAAUUCUCCAUGGGAAGUUUUCAGGAAAAAUGAAAAGCUGUCCGUGCAAUAUUGAAAUUUUUGGCGCAGCUUACAGGCUUACACCCGUGUGCGCACCUUUAGUGAAAUCAAGGACAACACGUAGUAUGGAAAUUGAGGCCCUACGGUGCGUGCCAUUUAUACCGAAAAAUAUGUGUCAAUAUAUUUUCUUCUUCAUCAAAUAACAUCAAGGAGCAGAUUGUU